UCAUCUCCACCAUCACCAGCGUCACCUGCCAACAGCGCUCUGACUGUGCAUGGGUCCAAACCUCGAUCGAGUUUUCUGCCUCAUCCUUACCUUGACACACGUCAAGCCGCGGCCACCAGCAUCCGGCAAUGGCGACGAGUUCGUGGCGCCGCACCAUACAAUGGAAGAUCCUCCUCGCAGUCGGUGUUCUCGGCACCUUGUGGCCAUUCCUGGCCUUGAUCGUCAUCGUCGCCGCCGGCAGAGUGCGGAUCGGUAGCGGCCAGAGCAGCGACGCCGACGGCGGCAACGGCAACUCACCAUCCCCCAGCAGCACAUCUCCAUAUCUGAUCUUCUCUUCUCUCGCCCUGCUACAUUUUGGCGGCAUCCUCCCUGCCCGGAAAAGCGCCGAUGGUAAGCUCAUACACGAGUACCAGGUCAAGAUGCACUACUUUCCCUACGCGUUCGGCUAUGAGUGGCCUCGUUCCUGGACCCGGUCUGGCGCCACUGGCAUCAUCCGCGCUGAGAACCGCAUGGGGCUGUUUGCGUUUGGGACGUCUCUGGAGCUCCCGAAGGAUCUCAUGGCGGUCGGUCGGAGCAUGGACCUGCGCCCGCAAGAUUAUUUGUGCCUGGACGACGCCUAUGUCAAGCGGUGGUCUUCAAACUCGACAGAGGUGCGCACCAAAGCGCGGGAGUGGCCGGCGGAACAUCAUCCCCGCGGUACAAACAGCACCUCCCGCCAGGACCUGACAACUGCAGACCGUGUGGUUCAAGAGGCCAUGGAGACCGACAACCUGUGGGCAGAAUGGGUGCGCAGCGUCCGGCACGACAUACCUAGUCCCUUGUGCACAAACACCUUCUUCGACAUGUACUCGCGUAUCGAGCCCAAGCACUACCUGCACCGGUCAUUCAGUAACCCCAUGCCGCUGCUGCUCCUACUCUUCAUAGAGUACAACCUCGUCAGCGCGCUGUUCAGCCACAUCCGCCGUAGCUUCCUGGCACCGCUCAUGGCUCGGGGAGCGAGACGUAGCCUCAAAGUCAAGAGGGCAACCCUCGGCGUGGAUGAAUGCAUAUGUCCACACGGGAUACAAAAGCAGCAGAUCUGUCUGUGCACACCGGGCCCUUUGGCCGAAGACCCAAACCAUCCGACCACUUCCGCGGCAGCCCUGGUGCGCGGCGACGUGCCUCGCCGGCACAUGCCUGCCACCUUCCUGAUCCAUAUUCUCGCGACGCUGGUGAUGCUGCUCAAGGCAUGGUCGCUUAAGCGACACGUCGACAUGCUAGACAAAGCACUCGGCGCGGGCGGCAUGCGCGCCACGUAUGGGUCCGGAUUCAUCCUGUUCCGGUUCGGCGUGUUGGUCGUCGCCCAACUGUCGAGGGCGUGUUGGGACAAGCUCGCGACUAUGGACAAAGAGGAGUACGAGCUUUGGGCGGUACGGCACGAGGUGGUGCGAGAGGACAAGAAGACGUCGUGAGCUGUGUGCUUGCGUCGACACAAGCAGGUCCCCAGGGUUCUGCUCGCUAUGUGUUCAGAGCUCAAUGAGUUGCUGUUGCGCAGUUUCGCGGGUUCGGAAUCGUAUCCCCAGGCAAUAUGAUAACUUCAAGCACUCGACUGGAACCAUAAAGGUCGUCACACCCUAGGCAAUUCUAUCAUGGACUAC